CUCCUAGUGGUAAGAUAAAUAUGUUAGAUCUGUUUAUUUUGUGUAACGAUGACUCUUUUCGCGAUAGCUCCGCAUUCAUUGAGGAUAUUCUACAGCAAUAGAACAUUCGUGUUGUGAUUUACUGUGAAUAUAGAUCUAGUUUUUAUGUUGCUUUUUUUUUAUUUUUGAACUAUCAGGUCAACCUUCUCAAGAAAGUAGAGUAUAUUUAGGUCAUCGCUCUUUUUUUCUCCCUUUUUAAUUGCCGUCAGCGCUGCGUUAUUGGCGCAGUGUAGCCGUGAAUCUAUGCUAUGAUGUAAUUUGUGUUUACAGACAUAAGCUUCCUACAUUGCUUUCAUGGUUAAAAGACAAGUUUCUCUUUACAAUGGAUCCUCCCUCCCAUCGCCUACCGGACACAGGUCAGCCAAAAGAGAUCAGGCUUGUCCGAGCCCCAAGCCCGGCCUCCUUGCAGAUGCAGGAACCACCUGCUGCCCACCGCGGCCCCAGUCGUAGCAGUAGCAACAGCAGCGGGGGCGAGCACCCCGGGAGUCGCUCCGGGAGCGCCGAGCUCCAGAGCCGGGAGUCUCCACACCACCCCAUGGCCCGCUCCUCCUCCAGCAUGUCCCCUUCUCCCACCCUGCUUCACCGGAGGGGCGCCAGGCUCUCCAGUGGCUCCACGUCCUCCAUGCCGGAGCCCAGGCCGACGGACCUGGUCGUGGCGGGGAACAAGAGGGCCGCCCCUGAUCAGACGGAGGCGUCGUGGGAGCGGGCCGCGCCCAUCUACAGCAGCAGUCGCCCCCAGCAGGCGUCUCCGCCACAUAUCAGUUCUUCGGGGAGGCUCCUGGCGCCCAGGGAGGAAACAUACGUCAGGAAGAUGGAGACGGGCCGGCCUCUCUCUGAGGAGGCACUGAACCAUAUAGAGGCAGGUCGCAGAGCGCAUUAUGGGAGCAGCAGAGAAAUAGAACAUGAAAACGAUAGCAACUCGGACCCAAUGGAAGAGAGGAUAGAAUCCAGACAACUAGGUCAACAAAGGUUGUCAUGGCAACCAAUUAAAGAAACUGACCAGAAUUGUUUGUGGAUUAAACCCGAGAACGUGGAGAAACUGAUUCCAACACACCUGCAGGCUGCCUCGCCACAUCCACUUUCAGUUGUGGCCGCUGGCGAUCGCGUGCCUCACGGUGACAGGGGUCAUCCCCAGCCAGAGUACAGUACUUACACAACACUAGAACAAGCGGAAUGGAAGUCUGAAGGGACUUACCAGGAAGAAGACGAAGACAGCGAUGCUAGAAGGGACUCUGUGGAAGGGGGCAGCCUUCCUUCCACAUUGGUCGGCAGCUCGGGAGCAGGCAGUCCAGGUGGUGGUCAACAGAAAAUAGCCAACAACCAAACCAAUUUGAAAUGUCUGGUCUGUGGGGACAAGUCCUCUGGGGUCCACUACGGUGUGCUGGCCUGUGAGGGGUGCAAGGGUUUUUUCAGGCGUGCUUUACAAAAUGUGGGAGAUCCAGCCCGCAAAAAAUGUUUUUACACCAAAAAUUGCGACAUUAACAUGCAAACAAGAAACAGAUGCCAGUAUUGUCGUCUGCAAAAGUGUUUGCAGUUGGGAAUGUCAAGGGCAGCUGCUAAACUUGGCAGACGAUCCAGGAAAAUGCGGGAAAUGAUCCGUAACAUUGAGGACACCCAGACGGAACAAGCGCUGCAUGGUUUGUUGAGUCUAAACACCGAGACGACAACAGUGAAGAGCUCUUCAGAUUCUGAAGUUUUAUCUCCUAAUAUACAUGUCAGUGAAUCCACCAGCCUCAACGCUCAGAAUUCUGACCCCAAUUCUCAGCUCUCUAUGGCCGCUCUGUCUAUUCUUCUGAAACAACGGUCCUCCACUGGUCAACUUAUUGGCCAGCCUAUGGUUGCUGACCACCACACUUUGCUUUUGGCCAAGACGGAAUCAGAGCUGAGGGCCCCCGCCCACAGUCAAAUGACCGACUCUGACCUGAAGAAUAGACUCAUGUCAUUGAUGCAGCAGGCUGCGUCGGACCAGGAGGGCGGUGGAGGUGCCCCCGACGACGACCAGCCACUCAUGCUGAAAGUGCAGAAGAGCUCCCCAGCGUUGUUGAACCCAGGGCCUGAACACCGGGGCGCCAUGAUGUCUGUCCCCACCUCCUCAGGUGCACCGCACCAUCGCCCAGCCACAUCGACUCAGGGGUCACCACCGGUUCAGAGUUCACAGAAGGACUUGUUGGAUAUUACAAGGACUAUUCUCCCUGCCCACUCCAAAGCCUACAGCGGCGAGCUGACCUCGACUUACAUCACCAACCUGGUAAGGUCGCAGCAGAUGUACAACAUCUCUAGUUCCGCUGGCCAGGUUUACAUCAAAACUGAAGACGGGCGCAUGGAGCCCAUUGGUCAGUUUGAAGCUCUUCCGCCCAAUCAAAGCGGAGCCCCCAGGGUUAUCGCCACCUCGUUAAUGCCACCCCUUGUGACGUCCACCUCCUCUCCCUCUAGCACUGCCUCAUCUUCCAACACGGCCCACAACGUACUGUUGAGCGAGGAGGACGAUCUUCCGUCUGUGAUAGCUGACACCAGCCUGGACCUGCGCAAAAAACUUUCCACGGUAGAACAGUUCAUCCGAAGCCCCAUCAAAAAGCGGCCCUACAUACCCAACGCAGCAGCCGAUGACGGCCACGAGCCGUCUGCUGCCCCGACUUCCUCCUCUCCACAACUGGCGUCUGCUCCUACCACUUCCGGCAAGCGCGGGUUAUCCGAGCCGAAGCCGAAACGCCGCCGUGGCGCACCCUCCGGCACUGGUCACAGCGCAAACAGCGUCAUCACCAGCAACAUGUCUGAGCCCAUCGUGCCGGCUACGGCCGUGAAGCAAGUGCCGGCUACCAGUACCAACAACGCUCGUGCCGGGGUGUACAGCUCUCAAGACAUAGCCACCCGAGCCCAAAUUCUGGCUCAGGCCUUGCAAAACCGAGAUGGCUCUGGCGUCAACAGCAACGGCGGUGGUGCCAACCUGGGCAACGCUGGACAACGUCCAAUCGCUGAGCUCCUUGCCCAGGCCAUCCAGCCCUACCCUCAGCACUCUCGCUUCAUCAACAAUAACUUCACAGCACAGCAGAUACUCCACUGCAGCGAGGGUCUCAUGGCACGACCCCUGGGGAAAGAAGAAAUCAAACUGACAGUACCCUACAUGAUCUCAAAGCUCAAUGAUUCCUACAACUCGACCUUCACCUUCUUGAAAAACAAACUUUUGGAAAUGAGACAGAAGCUGGUGGAAUAUAGCAGUCACAUGACCAUGGACAACGUGAUUGGGAAAAUUAUUUCACAGCAUUUGAAAUCAGCCAAUCCGGGAACAAGUCCAGGAGAAAUGUGCUGGCAUCAUUUCCAAAUGAGGCUAAAUAGAACUAUUGAAGAUGUGGUUUGUUUCGCCAAAAAGAUUCCAGGUUUUGCUGAUCUCGAUCAGGACGACCAAAUCAGUUUAAUAAAAGGUGGAUGCUUUGAGGUAGCCUGUGUGGUGUGCGCCCCAUUCAUUGACGCUGAGACCAACUCCAUCUUUCUGCUUGGGAACAGCUCGAUAGCCAUGAGGGAGGAAAUGAAGCUCGGCUUUCCUCUGGGGGAACACUUUGUGGAACUUCUCUUCAACCUGUCCAUUCGCCUGAAUGCUUUCAGUCUCCAGGACACAGAGAAAGCGUUGUUCAGUGCCUUAGUACUCAUAUCUCCUGAUCGUCCAGGACUUAAAAACCGAGAGAAAGUCAGCAAACUUCAAGAACUUUUGAUCCAAGCCCUGCAGUCAGAGAUAAGUGUCUCUCAUGAAGAUGAAGGGGGCUUGUUUCCUCGUCUCCUGAUGUCCAUCUCCAGCCUACGGGAGCUUGGCGUUGAGCACCGGAGGAUGCUGGAAUCUCUGAAAGGCCAAAUGAGCUUUCCUCAUGAUCUUUACGCAGAGACCUUUGACCUGUUGCCAUAGCAACAUUGUGUUGUGUGCACAAGUAAUGUCUAAACCUCAAACACAAAAUGUAAAUGGAUCUGCAUCGAUGUGCAAUUGUUAAUAUUGAACCAAAGAUAAAAUGCAAAUUGAAUUUUAAUUUUUUUUGAGGUCGAAGGUGACACUCGUUGAAUGUAUUUUGCCAUUGAAGUUGAUGUAUGACCUCAGAUGAGUUUAUAAAUAGAAAAUAUUUAUGUACUUUAAUAUAUCAUUCCCUGUGAUUGUUAGUACUGUGCAAAGGGAACUAACUAUCUAAUGAAGUAACAUCCUGACGACACGCACACCUGGGAAUCGUCCUUGAGAUUUAUGUGAAUCAAUAGUGCCAUCAUCAAAACUUGAUCGUUGUUGAUCAGAAGAUUUUGUUUCUCUCAGACGCAUGAAUGAUGACCCAUGGGGUGGGUCUUGUUUAUGUUUACCUUGCAAGUUAUCUACACUUAUCAAACGUACUGAUAUGUUGUUUUGUUUUAUGAGUUCAUUUUUUUUUUUUUUUCAAAUCUUGUGAAUAUGUUACUUUCUCAUACGGUGAAAACAUCUGUGAUAUAUACGUAUAGAAUUUCAUAUCUUUUUUUUUCUUUUUCUAAAUGUGUCGAGUACGACAUGUUGAAUACUUGAUGUUGAAUACUUGAUACCAUGUACAAAAAUGAUGAAAACCUUCGAGUGAAACAAAUAUGAAUGUGAAUUAACACUUUUUGUGAUUCUUAUAGAAUAACUCAUUCAAUACACUUUGCUGUUAUAAAAAUAUCUGUUCAUUUGUGUGUGGGUUUACAUUAGCAAGAAGUUGCAAAUAAAACAAUUUAAAUUUAAUUUAAAAAAAAUAGGUAUUAGAAAUUUAAAUAAUUCAUGUUUACUUUCAAUAAUCAAAGGGAGAGCAAUACACCACCAUACAUUGAAAUAAAAAACAUGAGACAAGGGGACAUUACUCAUCAGUCAGGCACUUAUACUUUUGUCUAAAUUAUGACUCGCUUUGAUUACUGUACCAAUGUUUCAACAUAGGAUUCAAAACAUUUGGACAAAAGAUUAGAUUUGUAUGUCAAAGCACACACAAAUGUCAGCAAAGUUGGAAAAAAAAAAGACUUGAUGAAGUCACUGGUCAAUUUAUUUCAGUCGCCUGCAGCAUUACUUGAUAAAGUUCUCAAAUAAAUUCAGGAUCCAUUUUAUUAUUGUUGGAAGAGCAUUUUUUCUCAAUUUUUAAUUAGAAGUCUCAAAAAGAGAUCAGAUUUGUUCACCCUCUUAUUUUUAUUUGAAGCAUCAAUCAAUAUUGUUUCUUUAUCUUGCUAAUACUAAAUUAAUAAUGGCUUUUGUUCAAGUGAAUUAACAUUUUCAAUAAUUGUAUGUGUCUUUAAAAUUUUCUUCUUAAAUCUAUAUAGUCUAUAUAUAGAAUUUCUCCUAUAUUUUUGGAAGUAAAAUGUGUUGGUUUGCCAGACUUUUUCACAUUUUCCUCACCAUCUUGUAUUUUUGAAGCUCAUCCAAACAUCUAUUUAUUUGUUGGCUCGUACAGUACCGGUGUACAUUGAAUCAUUUCCUGCUCAUGUACUAAAACAAAGCCCAGUGACCCGAAGAUGAUUUUGUGUUGACGUGUUCUAUAUUUCAACUCAAACUCUUGUUUGUUUUGUUGUUUUUUAUAUACAACUAAGGUCAAUUACAUCUUUUUACAUAACCUAUAUAAAUUUUUUGUAAACAAAUUGAUUUUUGCUUACACUCACCUAUGAAAAAAAAAAAAAUUUGAAAUGUAUUAUCCCAGUGUUCGUGUCAGAUUUUCUUGUGACGUGUUUGAGAACAACCUUGCGCAGUCGAGGCUCAGUAUGAAUAGAAUAUUUUUUGUGUCAUUUCAUGCCAGUUUUUAUCAGUAUUUACCGGUGAUCUGUCAAAUUGUUAAUUGUAAUUUUUUUUCAAGAAAUUAAUUGAGCAUUUUGGAUUUUAUGGACCUAUUUCUGUUCAAUGCUGUCAUCCGCUUCAUCCUGCUAGCUGUUAGUUGUCAUAGUUUGUUUUUUUUUUUUUUUUUUUCCUCACAAGUUAUCUGUUUUUAUUCAGAUCAUGAUAGUAACAAUUUAAUUGUUUAACUGUAAAAAGUUGAAUGUAUAUUUUGCUGUUUUCUGACUGGAACUCUUCUCUGUUUUACAAGCAAAUAAUUUUGUUGAGAGAACAAAGAGAGACAACCCUACUGGCAAACACCUGAGAAAAAAUGGCAUUGUUCAAAAUGGCAUUGGUCCUACAACUUUGUUUCUAUAAUGUACAUAGCUUUAACUGUUUGAAGAAUUAUGUAAUUAUUAUUUUAUUAUUAUGAGACUGUCUUAUUUGUUCCCUUAAAAGCCCGGUGGAAUAUUUUAAAUGUCUUUUUAUUUUACUCUUUGUAGAGAGGAGUGUUUUAUCUCUCUUUUGCCGGUGUCACAUUGUCAGCGUCGCAUGUGAAUGGAAAUUCCCCUGACAGGAAGCAAAUGUUUGAUGAAAUGAAACAUUCACCCCUGCCACUGGCUGAACAUUAAGAAUCGACAAAAAUUGUGAAAUAUUUGAUGUUGUAUUUAACAAAUACCAGCGGAGACAUAAAAAAGUUUUCAGUUCCGAAGCAAAACAAAAACAAAAAAAAUAUAUGAUGAUGCUGUUUUUUUUUUCUUCUAACAUUUAGUUUCAGUUUAUGACUAGAUUUAGUUCAAUGUAACAAUAAUUAUAUAUGUUUCUCUCUAUUCACUCAGUGUAAAUCUAAAACAUAUUUUAAUUGUAUAACUCAAUGCAGACUAGCAAAGUGGUUUUACUGAACAAAAGAUUGGAAUGUUUAUUGUUCAACUUGUUGUUGACGUCUAUCACUCUGAAGAAGUUUAAUUGAUUUUCUAGGUAAAGAAGACUCAGCGGUAUAAAUAAAAAAGUUUUGAAAGCCUUUUUGCUUCUCAAAAUCAAUUAAGUAACACAGGAAAGUUGAGUGUUAGAUAAAUCAACAUACAUAGUACUUUACACCAGGACAAGACAACUCUGAGAAAUUUAAUCAAACACUUUGAUUAGGUAAAUUUGAAAGCUUUGAAUUCAUGAUUAAUUUUCCUGAACAAAUGUUCUGAUUUUUUUUUUCUUUUUCUCUAUGGGCUAUUUAUUCCCAUGAAUGAAAUAUUUCUGAGAUGAAUGGGAAGAGAUUUAAUGGCUGCCACAAUGUAAAAUGUAAUGACGUAUAAUGUUCUCGCAAUAAUUUAGACAUUAAUGUAAAUGUUUUCACGGCUGCUUAUCAGGAAGUGGACAAAAAAGUUGAUAUUUUGUAUUUGCUUUGCUAACAAUGUUUUACUUUUGAUCUAAGCAAAACAUAAAUCUUGAUUAAAACCCAUAGUGCUCUGGCAUCAAAAUGUGUUCUUUGUGAUGUCAAAAAAUAAAUCACAUUUGCCUAAAACAUUUAAAUUAUAAGAAAAAAAACUUUAAGAAAAUGAACACACUGAAGAAUGGGGUCAAAUAAUUUCUGAUCUCAAUGAUUCAUUCUAAGUUUUAAAGGGGGAUUAAAUAAUUAUAUUACCUGAUGGGAAAAAUUAUUUGAAUAAAAGCAAGUUCUCAUGGAAAUUGUUUCAGUUAGCAGACUACCAGAAUUAUUUUCGAGCACGACAUGGCCUAAAGUGUGCCAAUAAACUCAAACGUCAAACUCAGAAUUUUUAAGAAGCACAUAGUGUAUAGACUUUUAGUAACAUUAGUUGGUAGAUUUUGGUUGUCAUUUACUAGAUAUAGCUGUACUUGUAAUUAAGGUUUGUCAACUAGUAUACACUCUGGACUGUUGUUUGGCCUGGACUGUUGUUUGGCCAUCUUGAUGAUCAUCCCAUGCCCACUGCCAUCCCCUGUUGUCCUGCUAAGGUUUGGGUUAGAAUGUAAAUUUUCUUCUACUCUGAAGGAGCAUCCAACAUGUAAAACAUUUUGUACAAGGUUAGGCCUUUACUACCAACGAUACAGAAAUUAAGCAAAAAAAAAAAAAACAACCAAACUUGUUCAUGUUGUUAGCUUUUUUCUUCAAGCUAGAUAGAUAUAUGUAGUAUCUAUUAAAAAGCUAAAAUAAAAUCUUGUUUUCUAUAAGGAUACUUCUUUUGAUGAUGCAAUUUUUUUAAAAAAUUUGAAUGUAACUUAAGGUAAGCAAACAUCAAGUCAUCAUUCUUUUAUUUUUACUGUUAAGAAAAAUGUAUAGUUUCUAGCAGUUAUUUCAAUCAAUGAUAAAACUAGAAUUCAGUUUCUACUGUACAUACAAAUCUAAAUGCAUAAUUAUAUUGAAUGUUGUUUUUGUGUCUUCAGUUUGUGUUCAGUUCUGAGAUAACACUAUUGAAUGUGAAUGCUACUUGUCUACAUUUUUUGUUUUGUUUCAUUGUAUAAAACAAGAGACAGUUUUUACUUUUCCCAAGUUUAUUUAUGCAAGUUGCAAAGUUUUUUUUUUCUUCCUAUUGUUUUAUUAAACCAGUGCAAUGGAA